CCACAGUGUUAUGAAGUCUUUUCUGUGUGCUGUGCUUAUUACUCAGCUGGUCUUAGCUGUUGUUGCUCAGAGUUCUGAGUGUGGUGAAGGUUUUAUGUCUGUGACUUUUACGAAACUGGAAGGUGAGGAGCGUUGUGAGGUGCGUCUUUCUGAUGCUUCCUACAAGCCUGAUGGUACUGUAUUGAUUGAGAAGCUGACUUAUGCUGCUGCUUAUUGUCUGAACCCUGGAUACUAUUAUAUUAAGUGCAGAGCUCCUGCUGUGGUGAAUGUGAAGUAUCUGACUUUUAACAAGAACUAUGAUCUUGAUGCUUCCAACGUCAACAGCGUGUUCCUGAAGUUGGACUAUGUGACUGAGAGCUGGACUAGUGUCCCCGACAGCCACACGAAGCCUGACCUCGAUAAGAGCAAGCCUCUUACUGGCAAGCCUGCUUACCCCACUGAUCCUACCAACGAGAAGGACGAUUUCCCUUGCACUGAGGAUGGUUAUUUGAAGUAUCUGGAGAAGUGGGACUAUUCCAUGAAGUGCACUUCUCGUGAUAAGACGUCUGCUGAGUUCAAGAAGCGUCUGGAGUACUUCCAGGAUUCUUGCGAGAAGAUCCAUGACUGGAACACUCGUGACAAGUAUGUGAUGGAGUUCACUUUCUAUGCUGAUUGGCAUCCUGAUGAGUUCGAGGAGAUUACGACGACCAAGCAGCGUUACUCUGGUAUUCAGACUCCUGUUCCUGCUAGAACCCCUGUUCACAACAAUUCGAAUCUCCGUUAUCUGAUGCCUUCUCUGGAUCCUUGUGAUGAGGUUUACACUUUCGAUGCUCCCGAGGUUACUCGUCGUUUGGCUGACCAGACGACUCUGAGAGAGUACAUUUGCAAGCCUCAGAACUGCUCUGUGACUUGGGCUUUCGCUGUGAGUACUUCGAUUGAGUACGCUAUUAAGAAGCUGUACUUCGAGGAGUACGAUCAGAUUGUGGAGGUGGCUCUUUCUGCUCAGGAGUUGAUUGAUUGCGUUGGUAAGGAGCACGGAGUGACUGAUACUUGCGAGGGUCUUCCUAUUGCUUGGGGAUUUGAUUAUGUGUUUGAUAAUGGUAUUGCUUAUCGUCAAUUCUACAGACACACCAACUAUGAGGCUAGUGUGUGCAGAGAGAGCGAAAUUGAGGAUAUUAACAAGUAUCACAUUGCUGGAUAUGAGAAGCCUUCUACUUACAACAAGUGGGGUUUGAUGGACCUGGUGAUGAAGGGACCUACUGCUGUGACUCUGGGUCUGGAUCCUGAGUUCUUCCAGUACUACCGUAAUGAUCGUGAGGAGGGUCCUUAUUUCGAUACCGCUUAUUGGAGACCUUCUGUGUAUGGUGUUGUGGUGGAGUACAAGCAGUAUGCUGUGGAUGGUGAGCCUGAGUUUGCUGAGUGGCCUUUCUUCGCUAUUGAGGCUAGACUUCGUGCUUGCGAUUCGUUCGUGUUCCGUUUGCCGAUUCGUGAGACUGAGGCUGAUGCGAAUAUUGCUGGUAUUGCUGGAUUCGCUAUUCGUCCGAUUGUGAGCGAGCUUCUUCCUACUCCUGAGCCUCCCACUGUUCCUCCUACUCCCACUCCUACUCCUACUCCUACUCCUACUCCCACGCCGACUCCUACUCCUACUCCUACUCCUACCCCGACUCCUACUCCCACUCCUACCCCUACGCCUACUCCCACGCCCACUCCUACUCCUACUCCUACCCCGACUCCUACGCCUACUCCUACGCCUACCCCCACUCCUACUCCUACGCCUACUCCUACUCCGACCCCGACUCCUACUCCUACUCCCGAGCCUUGGUUCCCUAUCUACGAUCCUUUCAUUCUGGGAGAUAACUGCAACUAUGUGACUCCUGAUGUUUGCAAGCAGGAGAUUAUUCCUGAGACCAACGUGACUGGCUUGUACCUGGCUAUUCGUGAUGCUUAUCCUACGAAGGCUUUGGCUCAUACUCGUGUGAUUGAUCUUUCCGGAGUGGAUAAGAUUAAUAUUCAGCUGUGGAAGGAGUCUCUGGAAAAGCAGGUUAUGAAUGUUGCUCCUAUUGAUUUCUACAUCAUGCAUGAUCCUAUUAAGGGUCGUACGAUCAGUACUGAGCUUGCUCUGCUGCACUUGGAGCUUGCGAAGUUCACUCAUCCUCGUAUUCUGUUCAUUGGUGAUGGAACUCUGUACCGUGAGGGAUUCCUCAGCGUGCUCCAGUUUAUGGACCUUUACAAGGAUAAGAAGUGGUUCCUGAACCUGGAGGAGUUCUAUGUUGUGAAGAACUACAUUGCUACUUACGAUUAUCUGAUGGAGGGUCAGAAGCCUGGUUAUGCCGCGAAUCUUACUAGAGAUAUUGUGGCCUAUCUCAAGAGCAUGUGCUCUGAGAAGACUUAUUUCCCUAAGCUGCGUUACAUUAACCUGAACAUGAACGGAUACAACUUGCAGGGAGCUGCUGGAUUCGCUGAGGAGUUGAAGGGUGCUUGCUCUCCUUCUGCAACUGGUGUGACCAUUGAGGCUCAAGAAACAAUGAUCAAGUAUCCUGUGUUCUGCGUGGAUGACAACGCUUUCCAGUCUCAGACGAUGACCAGAACUUACUACUACGAUAUGAAUGAUGUGAAGGAUGCUGCUCAGUGCCGUUUCAACUGGAAUUGGGAGGUGAAUGGUGCCUUCAACAAUGAUAUCACUGGACCUUAUCCUCUGCCUUCUACUCCUGACUGCCCUGGAUAUGAAACCAAUUAAACCAGUCCCUAAUACCCUCGAGAAUUGGCGUUUCUGAGGAAGUAUUAACAAUUUU